CUUACCGCAGAGGCAAUAAGCUCCUCUCGAGGAGCCAUGGUGAAUAUGUGCUGUCAAUCACUCACAAGGACGAUGGAAGAGGAGAAAGUCCAGAGGCAGGGGAUGCGACCGUCAUCGGCACUGGCCGUGGACCUCGGAACUUAGGACCGCCAAGCCUCACUUCCCCAGACCGAAGGUCUCGUGAUUCUUUGCCGGCGCAACUGUUCUUCCAGUGCGACUCCACCGCUUUCCGCUUCCGGAAGCGGCACCACUCUUGUUUACAUCUUCCCGCCCAAACCUACCUGCACGACAAAACAAGCCCCCCCUCAUCCAGAAAUUUGCGCCGCGAGUCCAGAUUUGAACUGUCAAUACUUGGACGUUGAACAUACUUUUUUUCAACUUUGCACGGGUCGAUUUUACUCCCUGCCGCGACUGUGGCUUUGUUGUCACCAUGUCGCAAGAUACUGGGUUGUUCAGUAUCAGGCGCCCCCGAGAGACCCUCGGGAGUGUACAAAACCAUUCUUCAAUUCCCCAGCCGUCGUCGGCUAUGAAGCGCACAAGCUCCAUUGGCUUCAACAAUCCCCCAUUUACCUCCCAGCACGCCCGCUCGAACUCCCUACUGAACUCAACGAGUCGACCUCAACAGCCCAACUUUACGCGCAUGUCCAUGGCUGGCCCCGAGGCUGGUCUCUCAUCUGUACGCCGAUCCGUUUCGAGUAAUAUGUUUCAUGGUACGAGUGCUGGUAGACAAAGUUUUGCGCCGGGUUCACUUUCGUCCAAUUCUGCCUCGCAGCAGAACUUGCAACGUCGCAGCAGUGUCUUUUCACGACCAUCCGUGGGUGGACCCAUGGGCCAUCAAUCCUUUUUCAACUCGGUUCCAGCUGUGGCGGGUGUGCCUAGGGACCCUCGACCGCUUCGUGACCGAUCAUUCCAAGCGCGCAUUGGGCAGGAGCUACUGGAGUAUUUGACGCACAACAAUUUUGAGUUAGAGAUGAAGCACUCUCUUGGACAAAACACACUACGCUCGCCGACACAAAAGGACUUCAACUACAUCUUCCAAUUCCUUUAUCACCGCAUUGACCCGGGCUACAAGUUCCAGAAAGCGAUGGAUGCGGAAGUUCCUCCUAUUCUUAAGCAGCUGCGAUAUCCCUUUGAAAAGGGUAUCACCAAGUCACAGAUUUCGGCCGUGGGUGGCCAGAAUUGGUCCACUUUCCUCGGCAUGCUACACUGGUUGAUGCAAUUGGCACAAUUGAUGCAACGAUUUGAUAGCGGAGAGUAUGAUGAGGCUUGUGCGGAAGCAGGAGUCGAUGUCACCGGGGAUCGCAUUAUCUACCGCUUCCUUACCGGCGCCUAUCAUGACUGGCUUCAAGGUGGCGAAGAUGAGGAUGACGAGACGGCAGAGCAACGAUUGGUCCCCCAUAUUGAGGCAAUGUCGCAGGAGUUUGCCCGCGGCAACGAACGAUAUGUACAGCAGAUGGAAUCGCUAGAGGCAGAGAAUCAGGCUCUUCGCGAUCAAAUUCUGGAAAUGGAGAAGAAUGCGCCAGACAUGGCCAAGCUGGACCAGCACUUCCGAAUCCUAGAGGAUGAUACGAGGAAGUUCGAGGACUAUAACCAGAACGUCAAGGGCAAGAUUGAAAAAUACGAAACUCGCAUCAAGUUCCUGGAUGCAGAGAUCCAAAAGACCGACGCCGAGCUUCAAAUCACGGAGAGUGAGCGUGCCGAGCUUCAGGCGAGCGUCGACCGCCAAGGAAUCACCAUUCAAGAUAUUGAUCGCAUGAACACGGAACGAGAACGGCUUCAGAAGAGUCUUGAAGAUAGUAUGGCUCGCUUGGAGGAGACCCACGCCCGCGUCAUGGAGAAGGAGGCCGAAGCAAGCCAGAAAUUGGAAGACCUGGAGCAGAUUGUCAAGGCCUACAACACUCUUGGCUAUCAAACAAGCCUGAUCCCCUCCUCUGCCGAGAAUGCCAAGGGUCAAGACUUUGAGCUUACUCUGAAUGUCAAUGAGAACAAUUUCUCCGCGAGCCAGAUCGGAGGUGCGCCCAACCGGAUGUCGUCAGAGGGCGAUCGCCUCUUGGCCGAGCCUUAUACGGGCUAUCACCCAGCUCAUUUGCUGAAUUUGGACCUUCGGGGCUCCGUCCGCAAUAGUCUACAAUCAUUGCGCAAGGAGAUCAACGAGCGACGGAAAAAAGCAAUUGAUGACGACCUUGAUCGUCGCAAUCUACUUGACAAUAUUAAGGAGGCGAUGGAUGAAAAGCGCAGCGAGGUUGAGGCCCUGGAGCACCGGCGCCGGGCGGCGGAAGAGGAGUUUGAACGCACCAAGGAAAUCACCACCACUCAGAAGACGGCAUCAGACGCCCAGAUUGAGAAGAUGGAGAAGGAACUCGCCAAGAUGCGGGCGACCCUCAGCGACAGUGUCCAGCUGAUGGAGCAGCGCGAGAUGAAUACCAACAUUGAGUAUGAACAGUUGACACUUCGAGCCAAUGCGCUACGAGAAGAGUUACAUACCAACGUUGAGACGAUGCUCAACGAUGUUAUUCGCUUCAAGGUCCAUGUACAAAAAGGCUUGGAGGACUACGAGAGCUUCGUGGUAGAUGAAGUGGAGCAAGAGUUGGGUGGCGAUUUGCCUGCAGACGAGGACGAGGAGCUAUGAGAUCUUUGGUUCUAACCAUAUGGUCCCCCUGUACGGAGUAUUGUGUUUCACGAAGUGAUGAUGAAGAUUUGGCGCCGGGAGUUGAUUCUACGGUUGUUUCUGUUGUACUAGGAUGCGGUGAUGCUAAUUUAGAGUGAGGACGCGUAAUGCUCGGUGGGCCCGGCGUGAAGCAGGUCCUUAGGGUGAUACUUGUGGCGGUUUGCUUACUUUUACUGCUGACUUUGCUCUUGUCGGCGUUUCCAAGAAACGAGAUGGUUUCCACAUCAUGCAAGCUCCGUCGCUUAAUCAG